AAACCUCCACCGUUAGAUAAGUUCUUAUAACACCCUUCGAUGCUCGCCACGUAUACAACUACUCCAUCCCACGCUCUUCCCAUUCCAUUUCCUUUAAAUAGGGAAAAAUCACCGACGUGGAGCUCAAGCAAACGUCUUAUGCAGGAAUUUCGAGAUGAUGAAAAGAGGUUUGCGGUUACUGUUGACCGGAAAAUUGAACUGUUCGGCGCCGUUGAUUUACCGCCGGCAGCAUUCUUCUUCUGCUUCGUUGAAUGGUGGCGUUUCGGCUUCGGCUGUGGAUUUUGUUGCAGAUGAUAUUGUUCUGGGUGAUCAGUUAGGUACUACUUUGGGUCCGAAAAUGGUGACUGGUCAGAAUUUGCUUCAGCCUGGUGUUGUUGUCUAUGACGGCGUUUGUCAUCUUUGUCACAACGGUGUGAAAUGGGUGAUUAAAGCUGACAAGGAUAGGAAAAUCAAGUUCUGUUGCUUGCAGUCAAAGGCUGCUGAACCUUACAUGAGUGUGUGUGAUCUUGAUCGAGAUGACGUUCGUCGUCGCUUCUUAUUCGUUGAAGGCCCAGGUUUAUACCAUCAAGGCUCCACUGCUGCACUGAGGGUUCUAGCUCACUUGCCAUUCCCCUACUCGGCGCUGAGUUAUCUCACGAUUUUACCUGCUCCUUUAAGGGAUGCUGUUUACGAUCAUGUUGCCAAGAAGAGGUAUAAAUGGUUUGGAAAGAGUGAUGACUGUUUGGUUCUCCGGGAGCAAGACUUGCUUGACCGCUUCAUUGACAGGGAAGAGUUGCUUGAACGUAGUCGAUCUGUUUUGUGAAAUGUUGCUUCCAUGAGUAUGACAGUAGAGGUCGUGAUAAGAAAGUUCCAUUAACAUUCUUUUUGGAGUUGUAGGUACAUGGUCCAUCCAUAGUAUACUGCUUAAUACACUAGAUAUAACACGAGUCUGGAGCACUGGGGAUGCCUUCGUUUUUUUGUCAUUGACGAAAGUAUAACACGUUCAAGGGGAAGAAACUAUAUAACACGUUCAAGGGGAAGAAACUAUCUGUCCAGUUACUUCUGCAGGCUUUCUUCACCGUAGAUACUUUGACAUGUUGGUUAUAGCUACUCGCAUUCAGUUGUACAUUUGAACCUUUUGCUUGUCGAGUGCUUAAUCAAUUCAAAAGCGGCUUUUGGUUUCAUAAUGGUUUUCCAUGGCUGCAUCUUCUUCCGUUGCCAUGCAUUACUUAGUUGUACUCCGUAGUAUACUGCUUUCACUUUAUGUGCACCAUUUUUAAGGCGAAUAUGUAUGUUCAUAAUAGAUUC